AUGUCGUUUCCACCAACAAUCUCAUCAUCGGCACUUCCCGAAGGCAGUUACAAUCCGAAUUGCCCGUUGUCUUUCGCUCAGAGCCAAUCUGGUAUAUCUGACAUCAAACCCUUCAGCUUGCCGUCAUUAGCUUCUAUCACAUCCAACCUUGCCACAAGGAGUCCAUCGGCUGAGCAGUCCCUGACUGGACCCCAUAGAAAAUCUUGCUCAUUUAGCAUUUCCGGUCGCCGCCGGUUUUCCCCUCUCGGGACUAGCAUGGAUUUUGGAGAUCCCGUGUCGCCCCUCGAAAGUGAGCUUUCAGCCGAAGGGCGUUCCAGUGCCAGCGGAAUCAGCAUGAUUGCUGCAGGCCAUCGACCUCGCUCUCAUAGUCUACUGUCCGGUUAUUCUGUCGUGGGGAACCUCGCAGAACCUGAUGCUCCCGCUGACGAAAGCGCAUCCGAUAGUGGCGGCUCUGACAAGAAAAACGAAGAUAAUGAAUCUUCUGCGUUGUCCAAGAAACGCAGUCGCACAUUAACAACGCCCUCUCAGCAGCGCAGACUCAUGCAGAUUCUUGAACAAACUCGUUUCCCAUCUACUGAUGUCAGGGAACAAUUGGCCCGAGAACUGGGCAUGACUCCCCGUAGAGUUCAAAUCUGGUUUCAAAAUCGACGGCAAGGCAUGAAGAAGGCUCUUGAACAGAAAACUGAACAGGAGACCUCGGGUGCUUCGAAAACUGAGUUUCCUCGAUCUCGAGGAUAUAGCUUUGGUUUGCCAGCGGAUACAUACGCUCAAUCAGGAUUGCAUUCUCUUCCCGAGGGUAAAAUUGCAACGGCUGCGUCACAUGGUCAGAACACAGGCUCGGGUGAAGCUCGCCACACCUCUCAUUCAAUAGACGGCCUCCAGCAGCUUUACUCCUCCCGCUCCGUCUCUCGCGGCAUGCCUCAUGGAUUAACGCACCUUGAACUUUCAAACAAUUGCACGGCCGCUUCAAACAACGAUCCGAGUGGUGGAUCCGUUGGGGACUACAUUUGGACUGAUCCUUCCACCGCAAGCAGUUUGUACUCCAUACCCUCGGCCACUGGUGGUGACGCGAGCUUUUCACCAUUUGCCAAGCAAGACCAUCAUUAUUCCAAUUCGGACCUUACCCGUCAUGAGCCAACGGCCGCGGGAAAUCGUCAUCGGAGUCAGACAAAUCCGGAUUUCUUUGGAAUUAUCAAUGGGCUUAUGGACCUUCCGGGGCUCGGGCGAACGUCACAAGAGUCAAUGGAUUCUUUUCAACACAUGCCCGAUGGAAAUGCCCAGCAGAUGGCCAUGAACAGCCGCGAUCAGUUUUCAGGGACCACUGACGGGUGGUCAAGUAGCUACAUUCAAUCGGCCCCCGCUUGGCAGGAGGGUUUAGACAACUUGAAGAUAGACAGGCACGGCUAUGGCAUCGACCGCUCGACUUACCCUUCAGCUGCGGGCCCUGAUCCGACAUUUUCAAACUCCACUUGCAAAGUUGUUGAUCCCUCAAACGGAUACUACUACUCUGGCGGGAACUCAGGAACUUUUGGAAACGAUGGGCUCGGUACUACCUCGCUUCUUCUCAACCGUGAAGGCGAAUACGUGAGCAAUCUUGAGCACGAUACUCUGGAGCCUGAUCUAGCUCAGCACCUCAGGAACCGCAGUCAAUCGCUACAAUAUUAA